AUGAGAUUCUUAGUUAUUGUGGCGUGCGUUUGCGCCGUGGCCUAUGCCCAAAUCGAAUCAGAUGAUUCUCUGAUACCAAAGGAAGAAUUCGCCGUCGAAGAAUCAGUGGACGGCAUCGAAAACACAGAUUUUAGUAGCCUGCGUGAAAGCAGCGAUGUUGGUGCUGCCAGUCAAGACAAUGUAGCUAAUGUACAAGAGUCCAGUGAUGCAUCUGACGAUGUAAGCAACGUCAGAGCUAGCAGCGACACUGAAGGUGACAGACAAGCAAAAUAUUUAGCAGCAGACCAAUACGAAGAACAAUCAGCACCAAGACCUCUCAGCAGCAAAACCUGUAUCGAGAAAAAUGAACGCUAUUCUAUUCCUGGCAGUUGCGAUAAAUACAUUGAAUGUUUGAAUGGUACAGCAGAAGAGAAGGUAUGCCCUGAUGGUCUCCGGUACAACCCUGACGUGAAGUUCAACGUUUACCCAUGUCAAUAUCCCAUCGAUGUACCAUGCCUUGGACGGUCAGCGUUACAACCAGCACAGGCAACGGCAGAUUGCCCCCAUCAGUUUGGCUACUUCAAAGUUGGCGAUUCCAAAAACUGUGGUACUUUCAAAAACUGCGUCAACGGAGUGGCAUAUGAGUUCAACUGUCCAGAGGGAUUGGCUUUCAGUUCUGAGACUUAUCGAUGCGAGUGGCCCGAUCUAGUUCCUGACUGCGAUGUUGAGGCUUUCCUCGGUUUCCGUUGCCCAGAAGUGCGUGUCUCAAAAGAGUUGGGACCACCAGCAGGAUACAGGUUUUAUAGAUCUUCAGAUGACUGUCAAAAAUACUUCAUUUGCAUUGAUGGUAGACCUCGCCGGUUGGCCUGUGGCGGGUACACAGCCUUCGACGAUUUAAGUGAGAGCUGUGUCGCUGCUGACGAAAUAUCAGCAUGUCCACUGGAACUUAGAAAUCGGGCGGAACUUUCGAGAAAAGCUGAGUCACAGAGGCUCACAGCCGAGAACGCUUUCGGAAACCGACGUAAUAAUGUCGAAGAAGCGACCACAUAUUCUCCAUACAACGGAGUUGUUGUCCAGAAUUUACAAGAAGACGACGCAGAAGUUCAAAACCAAGACAUAGAUAACAAUGGGGAGUUAGAACAACCGGAAAUAUAA